CGAAUCCCUCUCGACGCACCAGUUCGUCGGCGUCUUUCCCGCCGACGUCGUCGCCCGUUCUCUACGAAAUUUCCAAAAAAACGCUCAACCUAAGGCAAGUUACGGUUGGUCCGUGGUGCAACCGCAACUCACUUGCGGUUGGUCCAUGGUGCAACCGCAAGUGAGCUGCGGUUGGCGGUUGGUCCAUGGUGCAACCGCAAAUGAGCUACGGUUCCCUUUUUUGUUUUUUUUUUCAAUUUUUUUAGUGAACUUUACCGAUUCAGAGUCGCUAGUCAUGAUAGAGACAUCAUAUCGACGAUUCCAACUCCGGAAUGACGAUGAUGAAUUCUCUCUUUUGAAUAAUGUUUUAUUUUCUUUACUAAGAGGUGUUUGUUUGCUAAAGGAAGAGUAAAGUAGCUAAAAGGUUAAAUUUGUAACUUUUAUGUUUUUUAGGGCGACAUUUAGCAAUUUUAAGGGCGACCUUUAGCAACUCCCUAUUUCUGGGUCUGAUUUUGUGCCUAGUUAUGAAGAUUUCUAUGGGGGUGCUAAACGCGUGUUUAAGUGACUAUUUUGGGCAUUCAAACCAUGCAUUGAUGGUUUCACCCAUUGUCUGCCAAUAAUCCAAGUUGAUGGCACCUUUCUGACCGGCAAAUACAAGGGCACUCUACUCAUUGUCACUAGUGUUGAUGGCAGUAUGCAACUUUUCCCGCUUGCUUUUGCUAUAGCCGAAUCGGAGAACAACUUAAGUUGGGCAUGGUUUUUUUCCCAACUAUACACUCGUGUCACUCAACGGAAGGACAUUGCCAUACUUUCUAAUCGACACCAUGGAAUUGCACAUGCUUUCUACGACCUGCCCGAGGAGCUAGGGUGGAAGUGACGCUGGUGCAUACGACAUUUCAAAAGUAAUUACGGGAAGCACUUUGGUAGAACUUAUGGACAACGUGCAGUUUGGCACGCUGGUAAGAACAAAUAAGAUGUUGUGAUUAUAUCAAUUGGUUGAAUGCGUAUACUCCUUUACUAACCUUAUUUUGCUUUAUUGUAGCUAUUGCUUUUCAGACUCGAAAGUUUGUAGACAAAAUGAAGAGCAUAAGGGAGGUCCACUCUGAAGGUGAAGAUUGGCUAGAAACUCAUCCUUUUGAGAGGUGGACGUUACAUCAAGACGAAGGGUAUAGGUAUGGAAUAACAACAACGAACAUGGGUGAGUGCCUCAAUGGUUUGUAUGUUGGUCUUCGUGCAAUGCCUAUCUCAUCUAUAGUCUUGCAUACCUUCUUUCGUACGGUGACAUGGUUCAUUGAACGCUACCAAGCAGCAUAUCAGAUGCUGAAUGCUGGAAUCUACAUCCCAAAGAAGAUUACGGAUGAUAUGAAACCAUGGUCGGAAAGGGCAAAAUGGCAUAAGGUGACUUUAUUUAGUCGAAGAGAUUCCCGCUUCGCAGUAGUAACAGGAAGUGGCCCAGAUAGUUCAAAGGGUGGUAAUGCUCAAACAGGUAUACUGGAUGCAAAGAAUGGAAUAAGAGAGUGUACUUGUGGGAAGUUACAAGGGAGACACCUGCCUUGCUCUCAUGCAUAUGCAGCUGCGAGAAGCGUUAAUUUGAACCCUUUGAUAUUAGUUAGUCCAUACUACAAGACUCCAUACGUGGUCAGAGUUUAGGAAGGGUCGUUCUUUCCCUUAGCUCAUGAAGCAUAUUGUCCCCAGUAUGAUGGACCUGUAGUGUACCCUCCCUAGCACAUGAAGCGUACCAAAGGUCGACCUAGAGUUAACCGAAUUGCAAAUGAAAUGGAUAGAUCAAGGACACAGCGACGCCGCCCGAAGAAGUGCUCUGCAUGUCGAGUUGAAGGGCAUGAUAGGCGCUAGUGUCCAGGGCCAUCGACUGAUAAUUGAAAGUUUAUGUUGUAAUUUGAAUUUUAUGUUGUGAUUUAAGAACUUUAUGUUGUAAUUUGAAAUUUAUGUUGUGAUUUAAGAAAUUUAUGUUGUAAUUUGAAUUUUAUGUUGUGAUUUAAGAACUUUAUGUUGUAAUUUGAAUUGUAUGUUGUGAAAUAGAAAAACUUAACAACUCUAGAGAAAUAGAACACCUUAACAACUCUAAAGAAAUAGAACAACUUAACAACUCUAAAGAAAUAGAACAACUUAACAAACGUCAUUAGAAAUAGAACAACUUAACAACUCUAAGGAAACAGAGCAACUUAACAACUCUAAAGAACACCUCACUCUUGUGCACAACGUCCGCGUCCCUCUCUUCGACGUCUAUUCCUUGAACGAACUCCAUAUCCAAUUCCAGUAUUUCGUGGCAAUGGAGGUGGGGUUGCAGUGGCUGGAGGAGCCCCUCUAUAUAGGGAUGGAGCCUCCAAAGUCAACCCGGGUGUUUUUUCAGUUCGUAUGGAUUGUCGGUAUAGUUUGUCAUUUUUGUCCACCAUGUUCGUACUGUUUGUAUGUCUAAAAAACACCCGGGUUGACUUUGGGAAGGAGCCCCCUCUAUAUAGGGAUGGAGCCUCCAAAGUCAACCCGGGUGUUUUUUCUUUUUGUAUGGUUUGUAUUGUUUGUCGGUCUAGUUUGUAUUGUUUGUACAGUUCAUACGUUUGUAAUGUUUGUAAAUUUGUUUGUAUGUUUUGUCGCUCUAGUUUGUACUGUUCGUAUGUUUGUAUGGUUUGUACUGAUCCUAAGUCCGGUUUGUAUACUUCGUAAUUUUACAUAAUACCCAAACUACCCCUGUCAUUAAUUAAAUAGCCCUUCCCACUUUUUAACCAUCAGAUUGAUCUGUCCAGAUCUAAGGGCUGGGAGGGACUUAGUCAAGUGACUAAGCACCCCCUUAGUCACCAGAUCCGCUCUCCUCAAGUGGCUCUGGCCUACCCGUCUCUUCUAUUGCUCAAGCAAACGGCCCAAUACUGGCCCAUUUUUGUUAUCUGAUAACUAUGCUCCUUGGCAACAAUGGCAAGGCCGAUUAUUAGGCCUUAAUAAACAAGGCCUUCGGCCCACAAUGGUUAAUCAAUCAAUGGAUUAGCUAAGUCCAUUUAAUUUACCCUUUAAAAUGAGGAAUUUUACGAUGUGUGUAUUGGUGCUAUAGCUUUUUGUAUUUACGGUACAAUUAGUGGCGGAUCCAGGGGGUGGCCACCCGCCCUCCCCUGGAUCCGGAAUUAAUAUAGCCCAUAUUAGUUUAUCGAUUUUAGCCAUUGACCUAGUGUUAUUUUAUAAUAAAAUUGUGGAUAAUUAGGAAAAUGGAUAAGAUGAACAUAUUCAAAUUAGAAGUCUAAAUUUAGCCUGAAAAUUCUAAUUACAAUGAUUCUCUUGUAAAUAAAAAGAAACAAUGAAACCUAAAAUUCUAAAACGCAAAAGACUAAAAGAAAUAUUAGGUUUAUUCCCUUAAAAAAUUACUAAAGCAGCUUAUGAAAAUAUGAAUUGAUACACAAUAUAUGGCUAAAUUACAUAUUUGGUCACUCAAAUUACAUAAAUCUUUCACGUUUGCCACACGAAUUACUUUUCUUUCUUAUUGACCACUAACUUUACGAAUCGUUUCAUCGUUGGUCACUGGCCGUCAGUCUCCGUUAACGCCGUCAGAUUUUUGAUGACGUGGCAAACAGAAUUGCUGACUAAUCUGUUAACUUAAUGACAUGUCAAUUAAAAAUAAAAAACAUUACACCUC